GCAACGUCGGUGCCGACGGGAGGCCGCGCCGCCGCUCCUCUCCGGUGAUCGCCAACCAGUCAGCAUGUCGUGGCCGGUUCUGUUGCUCCUCCUGCUCGUCUCCGAAUCCCUCUCUCUUCCCCCGGCUCUUUCCAAAGAUCCGAACAUCGCCAGUGGGUCCGCUGACGGGCCGGCGGCGGCAUUCACCUCCGGAGACCCGCCACAUUCGCCGAGAAGUGGAACUACGCGGGUGACCGCUGAACCGCCGGACGUGUCAGUCGUGUCCCCGGUGACACACGGUGACACUGACACAGUGGUGUCAGAGCUGACACCCGCAGCUGACCCCGCUCACACGUCGGUCUCUGGACCACGCGCCGAAAGACCGGCUGCGUCUGAGUUGCUCGAGAAACGGCUCAGAUCUUUGGGAAGUACCACCAUCGCCGAACCCGAGGCUGCCAAGUCUGAAGGAAGUCUGUCUCCGGUUCAAGCCAUGCCGGGCACAGAGAUAAGCCCACGAGAGAAAGGGCCGGAAUCUAGCGUCCCAAAUGACCCCGCAGUUCAGCGGAGUGGUCCAAUUGAUGUGAGAGCGCGUCUCGACAACGGCCUUCCCAUUUCCAGCACAUCUGUCGCUUCAGAAUCUCUACCAUCAGCCCAGUGGGUACGUGACCCAACACAGGGCACAUCAACCGCAGCCACGCGGUCCUAUUUUAAACGAAGCACUCAAACAUCACAAAAUGUUGAAACUGGCUCAUCAACAACCACUCCACAGCUCUCUAACAUCAGAGAAGCUUUAACAACUAAAUUACCGAGCUCGGAGACACGGUCGACAGAUGCACAAACCCAAUCUGGGACAGAAGACAGCACAUCUAGCACGAACUCAAAUGCCGUGUUUCUAACCACCCUCAGUUCAGCCCGACCCGUUCUGCCUCCUCCACCGGAUCACUCCCCGUCUUCUACAGCCAGUCCUCGUGUGACAACAACUACAGUUCCUACCGCCUCAGCACUGCAAACACAGACACCUACCAAGGCUCUUCCACCGUCAUAUUCCCACCCCAUUCCUUCACCAGGGCUGAUUCAUCUGUCAUCACCUCCCGUCUCUUCCCCUAGUCCGGUGCAACAGCUUCCCUUCCCGAAGCCCUCUUCACUUCCAGCCGUUUCUGGGGACGAAGGAACCUCAUCAGUGGCCACAUCCGGAGAAGAAUCCACAUCUUUUCCAGCUACAUUCCCUGGACCAGUCACAGACUCCCUGGCUACUUCCCAAGAAACAGACCCAUCCUCUCCGGCUAUCUCCCUCGAAACAGCCACGUCCGUUCCCUCCAGCUCCCCGGAAGCUGUCUCACCCACCGAUGCGCCCACACGGAAGCCGAUAUCGGGCUCCGCGGCUCAUCCAGACGUCAGCUGCACACCUGGGCCCGGUCCUGAGGUGCAGCGCUGGCGUCCCGGCACAGACAUCCAGAUCAACUUUCCACUCACGGUGAGUUGA